GGGCGAGUCUCCCGAUCCCCUCUUCCAGUGGAAUUCUUCACAGGUAAUAGAAGAGACGAUAAGGGAAGAACGAGCAAAGAUAGAGAAGGAAAUCUCCAUCGAUUUACAAAAGGACAAAGGUACCGUGAAUUCUUCAAUUCGCUACCCUUUGUCAACAUCGCCAACGGCGCCAGCGUCCAAGCGCCGCGGAUGCUCUUCCUAACGAGGUCCCGGCCGUCGGCUUGGUUCCCGAAAACGACGCCCCGGUUGCGCGACCCCGCGCGAACCCGCCGCGGCAAAAAAAAGCCACGCGCAUGUCCGAGCCUGCCGCAGCCCCCGAUGGCCCGAUCCUGCAUCAGCGGAAAGCGGCGGCACCGCAGCGCUCGUGACCAUGCGGCGCGAGCACGACCUCCCUCUGGAGAGCGGCGCAGGCCACCUGCUGGCGCGUGGUCACGUAGCCACGACCUCCCUGCACGGAGGCGGCCUCCCGCUAUAGUCCUGGCGUGGACGGUGGCGGCUACAUGCGGGGCAGCGCCCUCCGGCGCAGCGCCGGUGAUGCUCCUCGGCCCUCCAACGCGAGGCUGGUGGCGCUCCUUCCAUGUAAGCGAAGACGGUGUCCUCGGCAAGAUCUCGGCGGUUGCCAGCGUGGCUCUCAGCCCCGGCGGACAGGGGUGGCCAACAACUGGCGAGCCGCAAAGUCUUCCGGUGUGGCAGCACCAAAGACGACGGCUCUCGGCCGUUCAUCAGCGGCGACGCUCUCCAGCGCGCGUGGGGCGCGCUUCUCUCCGCCCGACCUUCGCGUGGUGGCAGCCGUCGGAGACGGCAAGCAGAGCCCGCAGCCACGGUCCUAAAGCCGGGCUCGCCCGACGCGGCGUUCCCAGGCGUUCAAAGCGGCUGCCGGGGAUGCGGCGCUACCAACCGCGGUGUCCGGCCUUGGCGCUCGGCCCGGAGGUGGCGCCCUCUGGCACUUGGAGCGGCGGUUCGCCCCGCACGACGACGUCGGCGUCCGGCCGCGGUCUCUCUCUCCCAAACGGCGGCGUGGCGGAGAAUGACCCGUAGCCAAGCGACGAACCGCGACGCAUCGGCCGGCUCGCGUGCACAGCGGUGGCGUCCUCCAGUGGCUUGUGGCUAGUUAGUGGCUACAACACACGAAAUGGAGAAGAUGAGACUGGGAAACCUUAUCUCUUUUGGCAUUUUGCAUUAAGAUGCUUGCCUUUGCAAGAAUCCGCAAAACAGUCCGAAACAAUGGUCACGUCCGAUUUUUGACAAUCCAAUUCCAUUUCUGGAAUUUUUGAGAAUCGGUACGGAUAACAGUACUAUUUACUAGUAUUUACCUGUUUUGGCCAUGUUGUUUAUAAAUUAUUAUUUUUUCUGUUGAGUAUUGUUCUCCAGAAUAAAAUUAUGAUAUAAAUAAUUUUCAUGCUCACAUAUGUUGAGAUUAUUUAUAUCUAUUAUUUGCAAUUGAUAUUUUCAAUCUCUUG